UAACCCGGAAGUGGUACUUGACAAACAAAAAAAAUUGCCGGGAAAAUUCUGCUCCUCCGUCAAAGCGGCCGCUGGUCGCGAGGGGAUUAUUAAUUUAAUUAAAUCUGUUUUCAGAUUAAACACGUUUCAGAGCCGACAUGGACGAAUAUGACGAACUGUUCGAGGUCCAGGACGAAUUCGAGGACCAGUUCGCCGACGAGCUGGACGCGCUGGCUCAGCUGGAAGGAGAGGAACCUUCCAACCUGGGGAAACGUCAGAAUCAAGGUCCAGAAGGCAACCCUCCGGACGUAGAGCACCUGCUGCACGCUCAGCCCACCACCCCAAAGGCCAAGCGGAGGAAGCAGGAAGCGGGAGUCGUCAAGCGACUUUUCAACUCGCUGAGAGAGAGCGAAGCCCCGUCCCGGAGUGAUGACAUCACGCCGCCGUCCUCUCCGGAGCAGUAUGAAACGCCUCGCAACCUCAGGUCAAUCCCAGCCGUGUUGGAUAUAAGUGGCUUUGCUACAAUCCCAGAGUCGCCCCGGCGACCUCCCACAGCGGCGCCGGCUUCGCUGCAUGUGCUUAAGCGGCCUCCUUUAGAGGGCGAGUACAUCAGUGUGACCGACUCCUCGGGGAGUCGGGUCUACCUCAGACAAACGGAAGACACGGGGAAAAAGGUAGCGGACAGCAGGUCGGUAACAAACUCCCAGGGUGCACUGGGGCUGCUGACGGUGCCAAUAGGUGUGUUGAGAGAGCAAGAGGCAGAGAGGCGCCUCCAGCUGGUUAUUGAAGAAUCUCAGCAUCUCGCAGAUCAGCAUGCCAGCAGUGUGAACGACGUGCUCGCUCAGGCUGACAGCAGAGAAGACGAAGAGAACGACGAUCCUCAAGACGCAGAGGGACGCACCUCUCGACUCUGGGUGGACAGAUUCUCUCCCCGACACUACACGGAGCUUCUCAGUGAUGAUUUCACCAACCGCUGUCUGCUCAAGUGGUUGAAACUCUGGGACACCGUCGUGUUUGGGAGAGAGAGGAAGUCCCGCCCUGCCCGGUCCGACUUUCAGGCUCCCAACCAGAACUCAUUCAAACCCAAUCAACCCGAUCAGAAUCCAAAUCGCUUCAAGAGCAAGAUCGAGGUGACCGAGGAGCUGCUGGAGGCCGAACUGGACCAGUACAAACGACCCAGAUUCAAGGUGGCAUUGUUGUCUGGUCCUCCGGGUUUGGGAAAGACCACCCUGGCCCAUGUCAUAGCAAAGCAUGCCGGGUACAACGUGGUGGAAAUCAACGCCAGUGACGAUCGCAGCGCGGAGGUCUUCCAGAAACGCAUCGACACGGCGACGCAGAUGAAGUCCGUUUUGGGAGCCAGCGAGCGGCCGAACUGCCUCAUCAUUGAUGAGAUUGACGGAGCACCUGCAGCGGCCAUCAACAUCCUGUUAGCGGCUCUGAACAGAAAAGAUGGACACGGCGGGGAGGCCGGCACAGAGACUGCAAAGAAGAAAAAGAAGAAGGAGUCCCUCCUGCUUCGACCCAUCAUCUGCAUCUGCAACGACCUAUAUGUUCCAGCUCUCAGACCGCUCAGGCUGCAGGCCUUCCUCCUGGUUUUCCCUCAGACUCAGCCUUCUCGCCUCACACAGAGACUGGGAGAGAUUUCCCUCCAGCAGGGGAUGAAGGUAGACACCGGUACUCUGUUGUCGCUGUGUGAGAAGACUGACAACGACAUCCGGUCGUGCAUCAACACACUGCAGUUCCUCCACAGUCGCGGCCACAAGCAGGUGACCUCAAAGACCGUCCAGUCUGUGUCUGUGGGGCAGAAGGACCAGAACAAAGGCUUGUUCCAUCUGUGGCAGGGAAUCUUCCAGUUGCAGCGUACAAAACGGAAACGUAUCGGCGAGGGCUUCGACGAGGCACCGGGUUCAGGAGGCGGAGCUCAGCGGUUCCAGCACAUUCUACAUUUGGCUUCAUCCAGUGGAGAGUUUGAGAAGGUGUCUCAGGGUCUGUAUGAAAACUAUCUGUCCAUGCGUGUGCGGGACCCCAACCUGCAGAGUGUGUGUGAGGCGCUGGACUGGCUGUCGUUCUCGGACAGGUUGAACUACGUGAUUAUGCACGGGCAGAACUUCUCCCUGAUGAGAUACCUGCCCUUCCUGUCCGUCACGUUCCACUUCCUGUUUGCCCACACACACGUGCCCCGCAUCAGCUAUCCCCACAGCCAGCACGAGGCUGCCACGCGGCUCCUCAGCAGCAGGAACGCUUUGUCCUCCAUGUUGGCCGACAUCCCAGCAUGCAUCAGAACAAGGAUCAGCCACCUCAGCCUGUCCCUCGAUGUUCUCACACUUCUCCUCGACAUCAUCAGUCCCAAACUACGGCCUGUGAAUCCACAGCUGUUCAGCAGCAGAGAGAAGGAGCAAAUGCACGAGCUGAUCAACACCAUGUUGGCAUACAACCUCUCAUACAGGCAGGACCGCACACCUGAGGGGCAGUACACAUACUUCCUGGAGCCGCGCAUCGAGGAGGUGGUGAGGUUUCCGGGGCUGCCGCCGCGCCGCCAGCUGACGUAUCAGGCCAAACAAACCGUCAGCAGAGAGAUGGAGCAAGAGAAGAUGAGGAGAGCCGAGCAACUGAUGCUGCAACGAAACCCUCCGACUGUGAGACAGAUUCUAUGGUUUUAUUAUAUAUUUAGACCACGAGUUAAUAACCUAACGCGUUUGUCGUCUUCUGUGUUUAAGCAAAGAGAGAUUGACAAGAAGAGCGCCGCUCCCACAUCGACCAGGAACCAUCAGCAGAGGCUGGAGACCAUCGUCAAGCAGACCACGGUGGAGAUCAGGCCCGAGGUGGAUUUCUUCGGUCGAGUCGUCGCCCCCAAACCCCCGAGACCGCAGCCCACCUCAGAGACAGGUGAGAAGUGCCCAGUGGUCUCCAUGGGGACGGCGGUGGGCAACAGUGACGUGUGGUUCCGGUUCAACGAGGGCAUGUCCAACGCCGUCAGACGCAAUGUCUACAUCCGAGAACUACUGUGACGCACACACGCCUGUAUGUCGUGCAUCAAUAAAUCCCCCCAAAAAAUCCA